AUGAAGCCUGGAAUAUCAAGUUAUCUACUACAUCGAGUAAAUGUCACAAUGAAGGACAGUAGGCAGAUCGAGGGCACGAUGCUAUCUGUCGAUACAGACAUGAAUGUGGUUCUUGAAGACAGCGAGGAGUUCAGAUGCAUCAAGAAGCAACCCGAACAGCAAAGGCGAACACUAGGGUUGGUGGUCCUAAGAGGAGAAUUCAUAGUCGACGUGCAGAUUAUAAGCAAGCCUGCAAUCCAAAACACAUAG